CGUGAUUUUUGCCAGCGAUAAUACUGUUCCUCUUCAUUGUACGUUACAAGAUUGAUCAUAACGAUUUUUCAUAAUGUUGAAAUACGCGAUUGUCUUAAGUGCGAUGUAUUGUUUCAUCACGGCCGAGCCACCGAUUCAAGCUGGGGUGAAGCCGACAAACGUAAUAGGCAGUUCAGAGCAACAUACCUCCUUCAGUUUCGUCCGACCGGGAUUAACGCAAACAUCAUUCGCAUUCGCUGGACCUAGCUCCCAUCAAUCGUUCGCCUCCAGCAUCGGUAAUCCUCAGCUAAUUCAAAAGGUUCAACCGAGUAUUGCACAAGCCCUCGCCCAAAGAAACCCUGGUUUAGGAUAUUACGCACUCGGUCCCGCUGCGAGUGGGAUCCUUCCGAAUUUUGUGCCCGGAUCGUUGGUGUAUCAGGCUCAAACUGAUCCCGCGGUCGCAUUAACGUAUGCCCAGCAGCAGCCGCAGCAAGCGUACUUGCAAGCGUAUCAGCCGAAUGCAGCAAUUUAUCAAUCGCAAUUGGCGCAACUACUCGCCCUUCGUCAGGCGCAAUUGGCACAGACUCAACAAGGACAGCUGCACGCGAUUCCAUCGGAACAGGUACCUGAGGCUCAGAUUCAGUUGCAGCAGAAACAGCAAACGGAACAACAAUCGCAAAAUUUGCUGGGUAUCGCUUAUUCAUCUGCCCCAUCGGUCGCGCGCGUGAAAGUCUCUGGAAAUGGAUACAAAUUCGACUUCUGAUCCCGAUUAUUACAGCAACAGUACAGCGCUUAUUGUAACAAAAACAAUUUCUGCUCAUACAAUUUCUCAAAUACAAAAUUGCAUUCAAAUACACAUACAGGGUGGGCCAUUUAAAAUUUCGAAUUUAAUUUGGCUCUAAAAAAAAAACGCAUGAAUAUUUUUCAAAGUUUAUGGCUUUAUUGGAA